AUGAGCACCGACGAGCCAGUGUGCCCCGACUGGGUCUUCUCCGACAAUUCCAACGUCUCCAUUGCGAAAGACCGGGGGUGGUUCAUUUCAUACACCCCUUUUAUGUCUCGCCUCAGCAACGAUCUGGCUGUCGUAGGUAUUGGUACCGUCGAAAUUCCCGUCAGGCGGCGCUCUAGUCGGAGUGGCAAGAAGCAUUCGGAUAUUCUAGACCAGUACAGCGUCUCCUAUACGUCCGGGUUGCAAGAUCAGCAUGGUCGUACCGUUGCCUACUUCGAUGAUAAGAAGAGAUUAUUCUGUCUCAAGCUCAGCGGACCUCCAGUCGGUCCCUCGACAGCACGUUCACUGUUUCUAAAAGACGCGGAUCCAGAUGGACAUUACCAUAUCAAUGCCGAAUGGCACCCCUCUGAACACGCUCGUUGGGAAGCCACCAAGCAACUCGAGCCGUACACUUCUGCUGAACCGCCGUACACGUCUGCUGACAAAGCAUGGAUUAAGGAGCAUUUUACAGAUGAAUAUCACCUCCUGCAACAAUAUGGUCUCAAAGUCUAUAAGGAUGAAGACCAUGAAGAAGGUAGAGCGAUCGUGCGCACAUUUAUAGCUUCUGACGCCCAGGACGCUGCCAAUGGCAAGGUCUAG